AUGGAGCUGUGCGGGCGCCAGAAAGUUGUCCAGCGCAAGAUGGUGCUCUUAGGAGAUGGUGCUUGCGGCAAGACGUCAGCUUUGAAUGUGUUUACAAGAGGAUUUUUCCCGACAGUCUAUGAGCCGACUGUUUUUGAAAACUACGUCCAUGACAUUUUCGUUGACAACGUACACAUGGAGUUGUCGCUGUGGGAUACAGCCGGUCAAGAAGAAUUCGACCGAUUACGGGCACUGUCCUACGAGGAUACACAUGUUAUAAUGCUAUGUUUCAGCGUCGAUAGUCCCGAUUCGUUCGAAAACGUGGCAACGAAAUGGAUUGACGAGAUUCGCGAGAAUUGCCCCGGCGUGAAGUUGGUCCUCACGGCACUCAAAUGCGAUCUGCGCAAAGACGACGAGUUGAACGACAACCCGAACGCUAUCACAUUCGAACAAGGAUUAGCGAAAGCAAAGGAAAUCGGCGCUGUAAAAUAUCUUGAAUGCUCUGCUGUUCAGAAUCGCGGUAUCAGGGAGACCUUUUACGAAGCUGCCAAGGUCGCUCUUGAUGUGAAGCCUGCAGGAUCCAGCGGGUCCAAGGGACAGUGCAUCAUCCUCUGA